GAAUUAUUUUCAGUCAAACAUAUUCCUUGUCUACGUCGACUCAUUCAUCCACUCUGUGACCUUCGCCCAAUUCAAGUCUUCACCGCCAUGAACAUCGUCGUCAUCAUCAUCUAGAUACUUUUGGUCUUUGGGUCUGUGAAACCCCCUCGUCACUGACUAGCAAUGUCGAGUGGUGGCAAUACACAUUGGUGUUACCAGUGUCAGCAACCAGUCCGGAUUCGGGGUCGUAAUCCAGUUUGCCCAUAUUGUUCUGGAGAAUUUGUGCAAGAACUGAGCGAGGUGAUUGAGGCUGGACAACACGAUAUUGGGCUUACUCAUGCACACGGGGCUUCUGAUUAUGGGUUCAUGGAACCAUUCCCAGACCCCAGAAACAGAAUCAUGGAUGCUUUUGCCGAGUUAAUCCGACAGAGAAUGGCUGGAAGAAACCCAAACUUUGAUAUUAGAAGGAGAUCUGGGCUGGUCCCUGAACACGGUGUCGUUCCAUGGUUCAUAUUUGAUGGUCAAGCUCCGGCUCGGAUGUCUGCCAAUGAUAGAUUUGAAUUCUUUUUUAAUGGAGCACCACCCGGUCCAAGGCGGUCUAACGUCAGUAACAUCUUUAUGGGUCCUGGGUUACAGGAACUGAUUGAACAACUCACGGUGAACGAUAGCAGAGAGGGCCCACCACCAGCAACCCGAUCCGCAAUUGAUUCUAUGCCCACUAUUAGGAUCACAAAUAGACACCUUAACACUGAUUCUCACUGCCCAGUUUGUAAAGAUAAGUUUGAGUUGGGAUCUGAGGCUCGGCAAAUGCCGUGCAACCAUAUCUACCAUUCUGGUUGCAUCGAGCCAUGGUUGGUUCAGCACAAUUCCUGCCCUGUAUGUCGGCUGGAACUCCCUGCUCAGGGCACAAGUAGGGGAAGCAGCAGUCGCAGUGAUGGUGGUAGUGAGGAGAAUGGUGGCCAUAGUCGGGGAAGGAGGAACCCGUUAUCGUUUUUAUGGCCUUUUCGCUCCUGAAUCAAAACAAGUAAGCAACGAGUAUAAUUACUAUGGGCAACUUUCUAUCUGCUUUUUACUGUAGUUGUUUAUGCAUCUGUGCUAAUCUGUUGCCUAUCAUAAAAAAUUUAAUUCUGGAAGUUGGUUUGGGUUUUUAUUAUCUGUAUGUUGCUAUAUAUAUAAUGGUAAAAUCAUAUAUAUAUAUAUAUAUAUAUAUAUAUAUCCCAUGUACAUGGUCAUAAACAUUUUCUUUUCUGGAUCUAGAAGUCCAAAAUCAAUUGAUUACCCAAGUGUGGAUUUGAACC